UCUUCCAGUGGGUCGUGGAGGCGGCGGCGGCGGCGGCGGUUGAGGGGCCUAACGGUUGCCCGGCUCCGGCGCGUCGAUGGCGGCCUUGGGGCCCGGAGGCUACGCGCGCAACGAUGCAGCGGAGAAGCUGCCGUCCGGCGCGGCUGGGGUUCCGGCGCGGAGGGGCCAGUGCUCUCCGCCCCCCGCCCCGCCGCUCUGUCUCCGGCGGCGGACACGACUCUCGACGGCGCCGGAGGACACGGUGCAGAACCGGGUGUCACUCGAGAAGGUACUUGGCAUCACAGCCCAGAACAGCAGUGGCCUAACCUGUGACCCCAACACAGGCCAUGUGGCCUACCUAGCAGGCUGUGUGGUGGUGAUUUUGAACCCCAAGGAGAACAAGCAGCAGCACAUUUUUAACACUGCCAGGAAGUCUCUGAGUGCUCUGGCCUUCUCCCCUGAUGGGAAGUACAUAGUGACAGGGGAGAACGGGCACAGGCCUGCUGUGCGCAUCUGGGACGUGGAUGAGAAGAGUCAGGUGGCAGAGAUGCUGGGCCACAAGUACGGCGUGGCCUGUGUGGCCUUCUCCCCCAAUAUGAAGCACAUUGUAUCCAUGGGCUACCAGCACGACAUGGUACUCAACGUCUGGGACUGGAAGAAAGACAUCGUGGUGGCUUCCAACAAAGUAUCAUGCAGGGUCAUUGCUCUCUCCUUCUCAGAGGACAGCAGCUAUUUUGUCACCGUAGGGAACCGACAUGUGAGGUUCUGGUUCUUGGAAGUCUCCACAGAAGCAAAGGUGAUGGGCACAGUUCCCCUCGUAGGGCGUUCAGGCAUCCUGGGUGAGCUGCACAACAACAUCUUCUGUGGCGUGGCUUGUGGCCGGGGCCAAUUGGCAGGCAACACCUUCUGUGUGUCCUACUCGGGCCUCCUUUGCCAGUUCAAUGAGAAGAGAGUGCUGGAGAAGUGGAUCGACUUGAAGGUCUCCUUAUCUUCAUGCCUCUGUGUCAGUCAGGAGCUCAUCUUCUGCGGCUGCACAGAUGGGAUCGUCCGCAUGUUCCAGGCCCACAGCCUGCAAUACCUUGCGAACCUGCCGAAACCACACUACCUUGGGGUGGACGUGGCCCAGGCUCUGGAGCCCAGCUUCCUCUUCCGCAGGAAGGCAGAAGCAGUCUACCCAGAUACAGUGGCGCUGACCUUCGACCCCAUCCAUCAGUGGCUGUCCUGCGUAUAUAAGGACCACAGCAUCUACAUCUGGGACGUCAAAGACAUCAACAAAGUAGGCAAGAUGUGGUCGGAGCUCUUCCACAGCUCCUACGUCUGGAAUGUGGAGGUGUAUCCUGAGUUUGAAGAUCAGAGAGCUUGUCUGCCAUCAGGAUCUUUUCUUACUUGUUCCUCAGACAACACCAUCCGCUUUUGGAACAUGAAUAGCAGUCCCGACUCUGAAUGGCAGAAGAAUAUCUUCAGUAACACCCUGCUGAAGGUUGUGUAUGUAGAGAAUGACAUCCAGCACCUGCAGGACAUGUCCCACUUCCCAGACCGAGGGAGUGAGAAUGGAACACCUGUGGAUGUGAAGGCUGGGGUCCGAGUCAUGCAGGUCAGUCCUGAUGGCCAGCAUUUGGCUUCAGGCGACCGAAGUGGAAAUCUGAGGAUCCACGAGCUACACUUCAUGGAUGAGCUGUUCAAAGUGGAAGCCCAUGAUGCUGAGGUGCUGUGCCUGGAGUACUCCAAGCCUGAGACAGGGCUGACCUUGCUGGCCUCAGCCAGUCGGGACCGACUGAUCCAUGUGCUGAAUGUGGAGAAGAACUACAACCUGGAGCAGACCCUGGAUGACCACUCUUCCUCCAUCACGGCCAUCAAAUUUGCUGGCAAUAGAGACAUCCAGAUGAUCAGCUGUGGGGCUGACAAGAGCAUCUACUUUCGCAGUGCCCAGCGGACCUCAGAUGGACUACACUUUGUCCGUACCCACCAUGUGGCAGAGAAGACCACCUUGUAUGACAUGGACAUUGACAUCACCCAGAAGUAUGUGGCUGUAGCCUGCCAGGACCGCAAUGUGAGAGUCUACAACACCGUGAAUGGAAAGCAGAAGAAGUGCUACAAAGGCUCCCAGGGUGACGAAGGGUCCCUGCUGAAGGUCCAUGUGGACCCCUCAGGCACCUUCCUGGCCACUAGCUGCUCCGACAAAAGCAUCUCGGUGAUUGACUUUUAUUCAGGCGAGUGCAUUGCCAAGAUGUUUGGUCAUUCAGAAAUUGUUACCAGCAUGAAGUUCACCUACGAUUGUCGUCACUUGAUCACAGUAUCUGGAGACAGCUGUGUGUUCAUCUGGCACCUGGGCCCAGAGAUCACUAACUGCAUGAAGCAGCACUUGCUGGAGAUUAACCACCGGGAGCAACAGCAGCAGCAGAACAGGAAGGACGAGAGGCAGGAGACCUAUACAUCCAUGCCCAGCGAGAUUUGCUCCUUAAGCCCUGGAGAGCAGACGGAGGAGGAGCUGGAGGAAGAGUGUGAAUCGGAAGAGUUGCUGAAGACCCCGUCCAAAGACAGCUCGGACCCAGAUCCUCAGUGUCUCCUGACCAAUGGCAAACUGCCACUGUGGGCAAAGCGGCUGCUAGGAGAUGACGAUGUGACAGAUGGCUCAGCCUUCCAUGCCAAGCGCAGCUACAAGCCACAUGGCCGCUGGGCAGAGCGGGCUGACCAGAAGCCCCUCAAGACCAUCCUGGAUGCCCAGGACCUGGAUUGCUACUUCACCCCCAUGAAGCUUGAGAGCCUGGAGAACUCUGUUCUGGAUACAGUGGAGCCCCAGAGCCUGGCGGGCCUGCUGAGUGAGUCGGAGAGCCCCCAGGAGAAUGGCUGUGGGCACCCCUCCUUCUUGCCCCUACAGCGGGAGUCCUCUGAGGACAGUGAACUCAUCUACUCCCUGGAGGCAGAGGUGACAGUCAUAGGGACAGACAGCGAUUACUGCACAAAGGACAUGAAGGGGAAGCCCAGAGACCAGCAGGGUGACUCCUACCUCAGAGGCUCCUCCAUUAGCUCGAAGGAUCGGAGCCCACCCGAAGACUCGGGGGAGUCAGAGGCCGACUUGGAGUGCAGCUUCACCACCAUCCAUUCGUCCCCUCCCCGGCCAACCCCUCGGUUUAACAUGAUGAUGCCCCGCACACCAGGAUGCCCAGGUACCACAGAAGAGUUAUCCCAGCCCGAGGUGCUGGGCAUAUCCAACGGCUCCCUGCCCCAGACCCCUGAGCAGGAGAAGUUCCUCCGCCACCACUUCGAGACGCUUACUGACGGUCACCCCGAGGAGCUCUUCCAUGGAUCCCUGAGAGACUUGGAGGCCCCUGAGGCUGAAGACUUCUUCAAUCCCCGGCUGAGCAUUUCAGCUCAGUUCCUCUCGCGUCUCCAGAAAACAUCCAGGUUUACCCACACCUUCCCUCCCCAGCUGCCCCUGCACCUGGUGAAGUCCCCAGAGGUCAAAUUCACGGACCUUGGGGGCAGCCAGCCCAGGGCAGAGCCUUUGAGAGUAGGCGCUGGCUACACCUCCCCAGGCAGAACCAGUGUCCUCACUGGGAAAAAGGCUGAGGAGCCCCUUGAGACCCUGGAGCCCUGGUUCCCACUGACCCCCUGCCUCUCAGGCCUGGCACCCUGUGCCCCCUCCUCAGUGCUGCCCGCUGACGGGAAGCCUCUGACGCCCACAGCCCUGCCCACUCCAGGCUUGACUCAGGGUGUCCACAGCCCCUCCUCCCGCUCCUACAUGGCGGCUGCUGCGAGCUCCCGCGCCAAGAUGUCACGCAGCAUCUCCCUCGAGGACAGUGAGGGCCCUGUGCUGGCUGAGCUGGCCAGGCCCCUCCCCAGGCCGUCCUCCGUUGGGGAACUGGUGUCCCUGGGCCAGGAGCUCCAGGCCAUCCCCACCACGGUAGCACCGGGCUCUAACAGCGAGGGCCGAGAACCUGCCUUGCUCUCCUUGGGGGGCAACCACGAGGCCCGGGCCAGCCUGAAGCUGACCCUGUCGAGCAUCUGCGACAGGCUCUUGUUGCCGCCUCCCCCGUUGGAUCCUGUGGCCACCCAGCCCAGCGUCACAACAGCCACCUUCCCAGUCCCCAGCCCCGUGGAUGCAAGCUCCCUGGGGCUCCACAGUUCCACCUUUCUCCCGAGGCUCCUGGUCCCUGAGUCCCCCAACACCCCUGCCCACCCCAACAGCACCUCGCUUCCAGAGACCAGGCCUGGGGUCCCUGGCAGCGUCACCUCCCUCCUGGAGCCCGCCCCUGAUGCGCUCAGUCUGGUCCAGGGCAGCCCUGGACACUGGGAGGAGCCUGGGGGGCCAUUGAGUUUCCUGCCCCCAACUCCCCUUGAACUGAGCAGUGUGAGCACCAUCGUGCACAGACUGCAGACUGCCUUCCAAGAAGCCAUGGACCUUUACAACCUGGUGGUCCCCAACGACCAGAUGAGCACUGAGCAGCAGCGGCAGGCACGGACUGAGCUGGCCUCCACCUUCCUUUGGAUCCAUAGCCAGUUAGAGGCCAACAGCUGGCUGCUGAGGAGUGAUGUGGCCCCACCCCAGGCCCAGCCUGGCCUGGGCUCCCCCUCCCCACCGACACUGUGCCCCCUGGCAAGCCCAGACUUGCAUGCCCUGCUGGAACAUUACUCAGAGCUGCUGGUGCAGGCUGUGCGGAGGAAGGCCCGGGGGCACUGAGGGCUGGUGCCCCCCGCCCCCCCCCCCCCAAGACAGCCUGGCUGCUUCAGAGGAAAUCGGUGUCUGAAGCAAAUAAACUGACAACUUCAAGGAAUGGUUCCUGGUGCCUGUCAGGGUGCAUUCACAGAGCCCCCUCAGGCGGAUGCAGGGAAGGAGGGCAGGGUGGACUGCCCAGGGAAUACAGGUGGAUAAACCCUGGAAGGGGUGAAAUUUGUGUGCCGUAGGUGUUGGCUCCCCAGCAUUGUACCCUCACCCGCUUGUCCCCUUCCUGUCUCCCCUGGAGGAUGUCAGCCCCAGUGCCCUGCCUUGUUCCAGGACUCUGUCAAUGGGACCAACAUUCCCAAGAAAUACAGGAACUGCAGUAAUGAUGAUCCCAACACCUGGAUCCCAUGUCUCCCAUCUCCGCUGAGCCACUAUGGGAUCAGUUGUGGUCCUUGCUAUUCCCCAAGGUGGGGCCUAUCUAUUCCCCAAGGAGAGGGGAAACCCUUCCUCUGCCCCUUACCAGUGCCCCAGAAUGUACUGGAGCCACUGCCGUCACCAGGUGCCAGACCCUGGCUCCCAGGACACACCUGCUACACCACUGCCAGGCCAAGCCCAGGCUUUUGUCUCCCAUCUGUGACAGGGGGAUUGAGAGACCAGCAAGCCCACUGACUGGACAGUCGGGCCGCAUGCCCGGGCCAUCCAGCAGCUGGGACAAAUUAUUCUUUGUCCAGUGGGAAGACUACAUCCAGAUUCAUCUCCUAAGCUGCCAGCUCUGGUAGCAGCUUCCCCAGGCAGCAUGCAUCUAGCCAUGUGGCAUGUCUGCCAAGAAGGCCACUCUUGUGACCACAAAAGCCCCCACUGCCCCAAUUCUCUAUGAAGAGGAAGCCAGCAAGGGCAGGGCCCCCUCCUAAAACACAGCCUCGCCACGCGGCUUGCUGUGGCCUGAACCACCACUUCCCUGACUUCCUCUGCUCAGAGAGAGCCAGUCUUGCCCCGGAUUCCACAGAGCUGAGACUCAAACCUGGACUUGCCUAGUGCCAGAGCCAGACCCUUCAGCAUAAGAACAUGGUCCUCUGCUGUCUCCCUAAACACUGACACACAUCAGCACCAACUGUACGUUCAAAAAACUCUGCUGGUA